AUGGAGGACAACUACCAGAACCGGACUGCCUUCAUUAAAGGUGCCAAAGACAUUGCCAAAGAAGUCAAACGACAGGCGUCCAAGAAAGUUGGCCGCUCCGUUGACCGAGUGAGCGAUGAGUACGCCAAGCGCUCCUACAGCCGCUUCGAAGAGGAUGAUGAUGAUGAGUAUCCCGUGCAGGGGAGCCAAGAUGGAGGAUAUUACCGUGGAGACAGCCAGGCCAACGAUGAUGAAGGAGGCCACAGCGACUCCACAGAGGGCCAUGAUGAAGACGACGAGAUCUACGAGGGCGAGUACCAGGGCAUCCCCAGGGCCGACUCCGGGAAGGGCAGCCUGGCUGGGGGUCCCGGGUCGGUGCAGGCGGGGGCGCAGCAGUUCACAGAUAUCGGCGUGUCGGAGGCCGAGAGGAGGAAGGACCAGGAGGAGCUGGCCCAACAGUACGAGACCAUCCUGCAGGAGUGUGGCCACGGGAAGUUCCAGUGGACUCUGUACUUUGUGCUGGGGCUGGCGCUGAUGGCGGACGGCGUGGAGAUCUUUGUGGUGGGCUUCGUGUUGCCCAGUGCAGAGAGAGACAUGUGUCUGUCUGAGCCCAACAAGAGCAUGCUGGGUCUGAUUGUGUAUUUCGGGAUGAUGGUGGGGGCCUUCCUGUGGGGCGCUCUCGCAGACCGGAUCGGGCGUCGCCAAGCCCUCCUCAUCUCUCUGUCCAUCAACAGCAUCUUCUCCUUCUUCUCCUCCUUCGUUCAGGGAUACAGCACCUUCCUGUUCUGCAGACUGCUCUCUGGAGUCGGAAUCGGUGGCUCUAUCCCCAUUGUGUUCUCCUACUACUCUGAGUUUUUGGCCCAAGAGAAACGUGGAGAGCACCUCAGCUGGCUCUGCAUGUUUUGGAUGAUUGGAGGGAUAUACGCCUCCGCCAUGGCCUGGGCCAUUAUCCCACAUUACGGAUGGAGUUUCCAGAUGGGCUCGGCCUAUCAGUUCCACAGCUGGAGGGUAUUUGUGCUGGUGGCCGCGUUCCCGUCUGUGGCAGCCAUCGCGGCCCUGAGCGUGAUGCCCGAGAGCCCGCGCUUCUACCUGGAGAACGGGAAGCACGACGAAGGCUGGAUGAUUCUGAAACAGGUCCACGAUACGAACAUGCGAGCCAAGGGCUACCCGGAGAAGGUCUUCUCUGUCACCACCAUUAAGACGGUGAAGCAGAUGGACGAGCUGGUGGACACGGGCACCGACACUCCAGUCUGGCAACGCUACCGCCUCAAGAUCACCAGUCUGUCCCACCAGAUUCGUAACAACAUCUUGGCCUGCUUCAACCCGGAAUACAAACGCACAACUUUCAUGCUGAUGGCUGUGUGGUUCAGCAUGUCCUUCAGCUAUUACGGUUUGACUGUGUGGUUCCCGGACAUGAUCAAAUACAUCCAGAAACAAGAGUACGAGUCGCGCACUAGAACCUUCACCAGAGAACGAGUGGAGCAUGUGACCUUCAACUUCACGCUGGAAAACCAAAUCCACCGUCAGGGAUACUACUUCAACGACAAGUUUCUGAAUUUGAAGAUGAAAUCGAUGGUGUUUGAGGAUUCUGUGUUCGAAGAGUGCUACUUUGAGGACAUCACAUCCACGCACACUUUCUUUAGGAACUGCACCUUCAUCGCCAGCUUAUUCUACAACACAGAUUUAUUCAAAUACAGGUUUGUCAACUCCAAACUUGUGAACAGCUCCUUCAUCCACAACAAAGAAGGCUGCAUAUUGGACUUCAGCGAUGACUUCAACAAUGCCUACAUGAUUUAUUUUGUCAACUUUCUUGGCACCCUGGCCGUGUUGCCUGGCAACAUCGUCUCUGCACUACUAAUGGACAAAAUUGGUCGUUUAAGAAUGCUGGCGGGGUCCAGUGUCAUCUCCUGUGUCAGCUGCUUCUUCCUGAUGUUUGGGAACACAGAGUCAGGGAUGAUCGCCCUCUUGUGUUUGUUUGGAGGUAUUAGCAUCGCAUCCUGGAACGCCUUGGAUGUCCUCACAGUGGAGCUCUACCCUUCAGACAAAAGGACCACAGCGUUUGGCUUCUUGAAUGCUCUCUGCAAACUCGCAGCCGUUUUGGGCAUCAGCAUUUUCCAGUCGUUUGUGGGCAUCACCAAAGCCGUGCCCAUCUUGUUUGCGGCCGGUGCGCUCGCCGCCGGCAGCUUCCUCGCCACAAAGCUUCCUGAAACAAGAGGCCAGGUGUUACAGUAA